GUAAUGGAUCACGACAAAAAGAUACUACUCAUAAUUCUUAUGUACUUGUAUGUCCGCUACUUUUGGAAGAGGGGUGUAAAACGAGUGCGGGACAACGAUUCGGAAAUGACAGGACAUGAAUUUACGUUAGAGUUACUUCACCGUAAUCCUCUACAAUGUCUUGAAGUGUUACGCAUGUCUCGUGAAUCAUUUGUCCGACUAUGUGCUCAUUUUAGAGUAAACUACGCGUUAAAGGAUAGCAAACAUGUGUCGGUUGAGGAGAAGAUGGCUAUGUUUUUGAUGAUGAUCGGUCAUAACCAACGUUAUGUGAUUAUCAAGCGGAGAUUUCAACACUCAAAGCAAACAAUUCAUAAGUUUUUUCAUGAAGUGUUGGCCAAAAUGUUGCUUUUCGCACAUGACAUUAUAGUACCAACAUCUUUUAAUCCGAAUCCAAACAUUCCGGGACAUAAUAGGAGGCUACGACGGGUGUUCAAGGGAGCAGUUGGUGCACUUGAUGGCACUUUGAUACAUGCUGUUGUCCCUGCAAACAAACAGGAUUUAUAUAGAAGUAGGGGAAAAGGCGAUUGUUACCAAAACGUAUUGGCAAUAUGUGACUUUAACAUGAUGUUUACGUUUGUUGUUGCCGGUUGGGAAGGGAUAGCACACGAUUCUAGAAUUUUAUCAGAAGCAUUAGCAAAUCCACAUGCACCAUUCCCGCUUCCACCUCCAGAUAAAUAUUAUCUAUGUGAUGCCGCCUAUGCAAACAUUCGAGGUUUUAUGGCACCGUACCGUAAUGUUAGGUAUUGGCUUGGAGAUUUCCGUCGAAGACGUGCAUUAACGAAUAAAGAAAAAUUUAACCAUGGACACGCAAAACUUCGGAAUGUCAUUGAACGUGCUUUUGGUGUCUUGAAAGCACGAUUCCCUAUACUAAAGAGGAUGGCACCAUUCUCGUUGGUUACACAACGAAACAUUACUCUAGCAUGUUUUGCGCUUCAUAAUUUUAUAAGAAGAGAGGGACUACGUGAUGAGUUUUUUGCACGAUAUGAUGAACCAAAUGUCUCGGUUCGGAAUAACAAUGCGGUCGUUGAUAAUGAUGAAGAUGAGAUUCCAACACAUGGUACUGCUGCGGACCGUGAAUAUAUGAGCCAGUUACGGGAUGAAAUUGCCGAACAAUUGAUGCAAAAUAUGGAAUGAAAAUUAUUAAAGUUUGGUUGUAUGAAUUUUAUUUAAAAAUGUUAUUGUAAGACUAAUUUCGUUGUUUGAAUUUUAUUUCAAUGUUUUAAGACUACAAUUAUUAAAUUUUUGGUAUUAAC